AUGUUACUGUCACGUCUGACCUCCCAGUUACUGAAGGCUUCACGAAUUGCAGGCCACCUUCUGCCAAGGUCAGUGUCUUCAUUUCUUUGCUGUCGUUCUACAUCUGCGCACUACAGCACACAGCCAUCUAAUAAGAGUGGAGCCCAGCCUCAGCAGUGGUAUGCUCUGGACCCUGAACUGGAAGAGAUGCUGAUCCCUAGAAAACUUUCCAUCAGCCCCUUAGAAAGCUGGCUGACAGUUAGAUAUUCCCUUCCUAAAGCAGAAGGCCUUAACGCUCAGGAAGAAGUGGGCCAUGAACCUCUCCAGCGGUAUGACUGUCCCCCGUCUGAUGAGGGGACUCACGUGGAGGAAGGAGAGGGAACGCUUAGGGAAAAGCUUCAAUGUAAGAACAUCUUGAAGAUUCGCAGAAGGAAAAUGAAUCGGCACAAGUACAAAAAGCUGCUAAAGCGAAGAAAGUUUAUACGACGGAGGAUAAAGGAAGGCCGCAAGAAGAAACGUCAGAUAAGGUUUGAGAAAGACUUGGAGCGCAUCUGGAAAAGAGCGGGUUUGAAAAAUCCUCCUGCAGGAUGGCAAACGCCCAAGAUAUUUCUGAAAAGUUCAAAGCGAUAA